UUUUUAGAUUUUCCACAUGAAGCUAAGCUAACAUCAGUAGGCUACUUCAUGUGUUUUGGCACUGUGUGGUGAUUGUGUAAUAAUGUUGCAAUGCCAAAACAGAUUGCUUUUAUAUUUUAUUUUUAUUUCAUAUUAAAAACCUAAAACUACUUUGAGUGAUGGUUGAAAUAAACCAUAAACUAUAAAUACUUAAGGUAGGCAAAAUUUGAAUCAUGUUAUUUAUUAGACAACAAACACAAGAGAACUUAAAAUGUUUACACAUGUUUAUCAUAUACCACCUAGAAAUUUGUAAACAGAAUGCUGCCACCAGAUGACAGCACCAGCAAGCCAUAAAGAUCAGUGUUUUACUCCCUCUGCAUUGCUUUGACUGCACUGUUAUUAUUUUAUCUAUAUGCUGCUGUAUAUUUGUAACAGCCCACAUAUUGAAGGUUGAACCAAGCGGCAGGUUCAACCUUGAAUAUGUUUGGCAGUUCAUUGAAUGGCCACUUGAGGCUAGGUCCAAGAGUGAGUAAAUCUCCAUAGACCCCCAUGUUAAAGGGGAACACCACCUAAAUUAAAAAUUCCAAUAUGCUAUUUCCAUGUUCAGUCAAUAUUUGUGACCAUGAGCUGCUCAGUCUAAAAGCCAGAAAUCCGAGAAGUAAGCCUCAAACUUGUGAUGUCAUUACGUAUAAAGUCUAGAUAGAUAGAGAGAUAGAUGGAUGGAAUAGUAGAAGGGGAUAGGAUUAUAUCAUAUAAUUCAGUGUCUGUUUGGUUGGUUUAUUUUUCUUUAAUUAUUAUUAACACUACCAUUUAUUACCUUUUAUACAACAGUUAGUUCCGACUGAGUAGUUUGAUUGGACGAGAGGCAUUCCGUGAGUGCUGAUAUAGAGUACAACAUCACUGGGACUUGUAACAGUAAAAUCACUCCGCUCACAGGCGUUAUAAAAAUACAACCGUUAAUUAACCAACUGUCACACUCGCUACAUUGACGCAAACUGACACUAUAGCGUUACACCAAGAAGAUGGAUAUUUUCCCCAAAAUUACAUUUGAAUUAAUCAACGUUUCAACAGCCGAAUUGGAUUAAGUUACACAGCUGUAGAUCAACGUAAAUACAAAGUAGCUUGUGAGUUCCUGGGUGUGUGCCGCGUUGCCUGGCAACAGACUGGGGGAACUGUUUUUUUCGCAAAGCUACAUAACUUAAAUCAUUUAUUUCAUCACCUUUUGUUAACAUUUCCUUACUCAGCAUUGCUGUUUAAGCUUUUGUUGAACUGUUGUAUAAAAGUAAUAUCACACUCGAGGUCGUGAUGUUGUACUGUAUAUCGUCACAGCUGUAAUUGGCUGUAAUUGCCUCAUGCCUAUGACUGAAUCACAGCCAUGACGAUAUACAGUCAAUAUCACUCCCUCUCGUGUGAUAUUGCUUUAAGGCGCUGUAUGUAAGAAUGUGGCCAAAAUGGUUACUGCACUCAAAUUCAAAAUACUGCCGCGAGUCGUGUCCGCCCCCCUCCCCUACAGAUUCGAGGUUGCUGGACAGCGGCACACUGGAGACUGAUUUGUUUGCCCACGGGCGGCUGCCGUGGCAGGGCCACGUCGCCGCGUCCUUGGUCUUCAGUUUUCCAGCGGACCGUUCGAGCAAGUCCGGCUUCUCUGCUGCUAACGCUGCUGCCGGGAUACAGCUAAUGCUGCUUGCUGUGCUGCUAAUGUUUGUUUCUCAAAAAAAUCAGCCGGGUCGAUGACCCACCUGCACAUGGCCUACAAUGUAUGAUCGAAAAUGAAUAACAGUUGAAAGUACUCAAAAUGUCCAUCCCCGUCUAGCUAUGAUGCUAGUUAGCCAAGUUUGGCUAAAGCUUACCUGUCGAGGAGAAGAGUAGCCACUUCGACAUCCGAUUUCAAAUUCUUCUCCGCUUUCAACGGUCUCCACCGUUCAAAAGCAUCUCCUAUAUAGACCCUCGCUUUGCCUCGAGUUUUGUCUUGGCAUUUUUGGGAAUCAAAACGAGGUCGUUUGGGUGUAGUCGCACCGUCAGCCAUUGUAGCUGAGUCGUAACUGUAACUGAUGCUGAGGCUCUACUGACUGCGUGACUGGUAGAUGGCGGUGGGUGGCGCAACAGGCCAAAACACAAAUUCAAAACAUAAACAUGAUUUGUGGACCGUAAACAUUUUUUUUAAAAUGCGAAUAUUCUGGCUGAACUAUUGUUGUUGGUGAGAUCAGUAUGUUAUAUUAACAUUAUUCCUUAGUCUCUGUGACAUAUUAGGAUGAUUUUACGACUAUUUGCUUUAGAUUUCUUACAUAUAGCUCCUUUAAACACACCCAGUAAUGUGAAGUAGCCCAGGGACAAUAUGCCAUACAUACUCCGGGUCAGUAGAUGGCGCUGUAUACCUUACAAAUAUCAGUUGCAAUAUGACCACAAGAAGAAGAGGAAGAAUACAGGCACCAGACACAGCCGUGUACGCUACAGCAGGUCAGUUUCAUAAUGUGAGUCCACGGAGGUUUGAUAAGAUGCUGAAAGCCUGCUGACAGCCUUCACUACAGCUCACUGCCACACAGCACUUUAAGGAAGGAAUGCUGCCGUUAGUUGGAGCUGAGCUGACACCAGUGCAGCUCUAUCGACAUCUCCUCAGGUGCUGCAGGAAGUUACCAACCCCAGCAAUGCAGCAGCACUAUCGACAUGCCAUAAGACAGGGUUACAACAGUCACUCAGAUGAAGACGACCCAGAGAGGAUACAAAUGAUAAUCCAAAGGGCUAUUGCAGACGCAGAGUGGAUUCUUAAUAAAUACAAGAAGAAGGAGUGAAGUUCAUAAACCAUGAAUAUGUCCUCCGAUGAUGCAUUUUGCAUUGCUGCACCAAACAUGGGUCCCAGUGUGUGUCUGAGCCAUGAGUGCUUAUUGUUUUCAGUAUUGCAAUGAUGUGGGUGAACAGCCAUGAUGAAGCAACACCUGGGAUUACACUUUAUGAAAUGACUACUCGGUUCAAUCUGAUGUUCACUGUCUAUAAAAAGUGUAAAUACUGUUCUUAGUUUGAAAUGAGUUGACUAUGUAUAGUUUAUUUUUCAAUAAAUUAAUUCUCUAUAAUUAUA